UGAGAAUUAAUACGAGACGAGAUAAUAAUAACUAUCAUCAAAUAAAGUACCAUUUUAUUUAUUUUAGUGCACUCGAUUUUUAGAGAGAGAGAGAGAGAGAGAGAGAGAGAAUGGAGUCGCCCGACCCGAUAUGCGGAGGAGUUCCCCCAUUGGUCGCCUCCUUCGUCGACACCUUCGUUGACUACUGCGUUAGCGGCCUCUUCUUCCCCACUAACCCUAACCCUAACCCUAACGCUAACCCUAACCCUGAUCCUCCCCCGACCCGUCUCCCCCCCGCUGCGCGCCUCGUCGCCAUCGGGGACCUCCAUGGUGACCUCCACAAGGCCCGCGAGGCCCUCUCCCUCGCCGGCCUCUCCGAGCCCUCCUCCUCCGCCGCCGGCGCCUCCCGGUGGUGCGGCGGCGCCACCGUCGCCGUCCAGGUCGGCGACGUGCUCGACCGCGGCGGCGACGAGAUCCGCCUCCUCUACCUCCUCCACCGCCUCAAGCUCGACGCCGCGCGCCACGGCGGCGCCCUCCUCACCGUGCUCGGCAACCACGAGGUCAUGAACGUCGCCGGCGACUUCCGCUACGCCACCCCGGCGGGGCUCGACGAGUUCGAGUCGUGGGCGCGGUGGUUCCGCGCGGGGCUCGCCAUGAAGCGCCUCGUCCCCGACCUCCCCCCGCCUAGGGACCCCUUCAGGGGGGUCCCCAGAUCCUUCCCCGGGAUCAAGCCCGAGUUUUGGGAGGGUCUCACGGCCCGAAUCGCCGCGCUCCGCCCCGAGGGCCCGAUCUCGGCUCGGUUCCUCGCGGAGAACCACACGGUCCUCGUCGUCGGCGACUCGGUCUUCGUCCACGGGGGGCUCCUCGAGUCCCACGUCGAGCACGGGCUCGAGACGAUCAACGAGGAGGUGAGGGAGUGGAUCAGGGGUGCGCGGCCGAGGGCGCCGGCGCACGUGAGGGGGAGGGACGCGGUGGUGUGGCUGAGGAAGUUCUCGGAGGACGGCGAGGGCAAGGAGUGCGAUUGCACGCAUCUUAAAGACGUGCUGGGGAGGAUCCCUGGGACGAGGAGGAUGGUGAUGGGGCACACGAUACAGAAGCAGGGGAUCACCGCGGCGUGCGGGGAACAGGCGGUGAGGAUCGACGUGGGCCUGUCGAGGGGGUGCGGCGACGGGGCGCCGCAGGUGCUCGAGAUCGGCAGCGGAGGCAAUGCGGUUCGGGUAUUGGCGACAGAGCCGGCGACGGUGGUGGGGAGGUGGGGAGUGAGGAGGAGGGAGGACGAGGUGGCGAAGGAGGGGCUUGCAAUGCUGGUGAAGGAGAGUGGGACUGGGUUGAGAGAAGUGGAGGCAACAGCAUAGAUCAUAUUCAUUGGUUUGGGGAAUUUGGAGUAAACUUCAUGGUAAUGGUAUUGGUAUUUGAAUAGUUCUUAGCUCUUUGAUUUAUUAUGAAUUUUAUGAUUGGUCUUUGUAAUGUAUAUCUUUUAUUAUUUUAAGAAAAAAAAAACACAUUUUUAAACGUAAAUCUAAUUAGAAAUGUGAAGUAAUUGGACUUUAAAUUUGGGGCCUCAAUGCUAAUUAUCAAGCUUUUUUUUAUCACUUAGACGGUCGGUGUAAUA